AUGGCGCCCUCAAUGUCCCUCUUCGCCGUAAACGCGAUCCUAAUUCUCAACUCCGAAGAUGGCUCCCGAGUCUUCGCAAAAUAUUACAAUGCGCCUCACCACUCAACGACAGCUGGCCACGCAUCAAAUCCUCCCGCAUCACCCUACCCAGACGUCAAAGCUCAAAAAGCCUUCGAGAAAGGCCUCCUCGAGAAGACGGCCAAGCAGACUGCAGAUAUCAUCCUCUACGAUAACCGGAUCGUGCUGUACAAGAGCGAGAGCGACAUCAUGAUGUAUGUCGUGGGCGGCGUGGAUGAGAAUGAGAUUAUGCUGUACAAUGUUAUCCUGGCUAUGCGGGACUCGUUGCACUUGCUGUUCAAGCAAUCAGUAGAUAAGCGCACCAUCAUCGAGAACUACGAUCUUGUCUCCCUCGCCCUUGAUGAGAUUGUCGAUGACGGAAUCAUCCUCGAGACGGACCCUACCAUUAUCGUGCAACGUGUCAGCAGAGCACCAACGCAAGAUGUCACGCAGUUGAAGGGCAUUGAUCUCAGUGAGCAGGGUAUGAACAACCUUGCGCAGUUUGGAAAGGCGAAGUUGGGGGAUUGGUUGAGGCAGGGUUUGUGA